AUGGCCAAGUCGGUUUGCAUCGUCGGCGCCGGCCCCGCGGGCCUUGCCGUCGCUAAAACCCUGCUGCACAAUGCACCUAGGGGCGACUUCAAGGUCACCGUCUUUGACGCCCAGCCAGACGUCGGCGGGCUUUGGCCGACGUCCGAGGCCGAUACAGGCCGCCAGAUUCAUCCGCUCAUGCUAGCCAACCAGAGCCGCCACACAAUGCACUUUAGCGACCAGGCCUGGGACGACCUGACCCCCCAGCUGCCCCGAGCAUGGAUGAUUGGCCAGUACCUCCAGCGCUAUGCGGCCAAGUAUCUUACCGGCAAUCCGGACUUCCAGCUCAAUCUCAAGACGCGUGUCAUGCGUACCGACAAGGACGGCGAUGGCUGGAAUGUGACUGUCCAGUCUGACGGGGUCGACAAGACCACUCAUUUCGAUCGCCUCAUUGUGGCGUCGGGCUACUUUGGCGACCCGGUCAUCCCAAAGGCGUGGAAAGAAAACACCGCCAUCCCAGUCAUUCACAGUAGCCAGUACAGAGACCUACAGUCGCUUCUCGGAACCUCUGCCAAAGGCGGCAAGAUCUUGGUCGCCGGUGGCCAAAUGUCUGGCGUCGAGAUCGCGGCCACCAUCGGCACCCAUCUCUCAAACGAGAUCAAUUCUCCAGACGAAAGCUCCAUACAUAAUAUUGAAAAGUAUAGUAUUCAUCACGUUAGCCCACGCCACCCCUGGGUCAUUCCCCUUCAUACAACACCCGAGCCGAAAUGGAAAGCUCCACCAUUCCUACCACACGACUUCUCGUCUUUCAACAAGAACAAUAGGCCAGUACCAUUCACUGACUCGCAAGGCCAUAUCCCGGAAGAGAGGGCCAAGAUGGUACAUGGGCGACUGCGGGCUUCGCUAGGACCGAGACAACGGAUUGGUUCUGAGACGGCCAACCCCGAAAUCGCGGAUGACUCGUUACCCCCAUAUCUGUCAUGCAGUGACUGGUACUGCGAUUUCGUGCGCUCAGGCUUCAUUACUGUGCAAAAUGGCAGACUGGAAUCCCUCGCCGGGUCAACAGCCAAGCUCGCCGAUUCUUCCAUCCAAGACGUUGCUGCCGUCAUUCUCGCGACGGGCUUUGACCCGGAGCCUUGCAUCGGCUUUCUACCAGAAGAUGUGCUGACCACACUCAAGUACUCGCCUGCACAUCCAUCCAACCUGCUAGCUCUCUCGUUUCACGCGACGCAGCAUCCCGAUGUGCCCAACUUGGGCUUUGUCGGAUUCUACAGAGGAGCGUUUUGGGGAGUAAUACAGAUGCAGGCCAGGUUCAUCACGGCGCUAUGGUCUAGCAAGGGUCCGUCGGACACACUCCGCGCGAAACUGGCCAGCGAUCGAAGCAUUGCGAGGACGCUUAGUCUUAGGGAUGACCCGCGCCAAUCACAGUUCCCCAUGGGCGAUUAUCAAUUUUUGAUGCAAGACUUUGCCGAGGCGCUGUCACUGGACAUUAACUCGCCGCUGGUUGUCGAUGCCCCCAACCUCACCACCAACAAGCUCCCUCUAGAAGUUUUCGCCCCAUUCCGCUUCUCAAUUCCGAACGAAGACGGCCAAGACAAUGUGAACGCACAGAAACUCAUGCAAGAUGCGGCGACAGUUCUGAAGGAUGCCCUGACUACUCCCAGAUUCGUCUCUAGAGCCGUGUUCCGCAGCCUCCUGGGAACGUGGGAGUUGGAGCGCGAUCUCACGAGCAAGCUUCCUACACAUCCCAGCGGCCAUUUCAGUGGAACCGCCCAGUUUCUCCUGCGGGCCAUCACCAAGGAGGGCGUUCAAUGCACGACGAAAGAGGGCGUCAUGCCCCGGUGCCAAGACGGCGAGAGCUACGAAUACCUCUAUAUCGAAGACGGCGAGUUCAAAACGGACCAGGGCUUCGGCUUUCGCGCCACGCGUCGUUACGUGUACCGGUACGACGAGGCAUCCGGUGCGAUUACGGUGUGGUUUGCCAAGCCUGACGACAAUAAGCGCGUCGACUACUUUUUUCACGAGAUCGAGUUUGAAGAUCCGCCCGUAGGGGGCCACAUGCACGGCUGGCCGGCCAAGUCGGGACACUUGUGCAUUGACGAUUACUACAACGUGAACUACAACUUUGUAUUUGACUCGGUCAACCUAGAGAGCUGGGUGUGCGCAUACACGGUGAAUGGGCCGCAAAAAGAUUACACAAUCCGUGGGACGUAUACACGAUAA